UUUUCAAUAGUUUUGUUACGUGAAUAUAUAUUAUAUACCACUUGUUUUUGGCAGCUUUUCCAAAACUUCAAUCCUUCACAAGGCAUUUGAACUUUUUUUUUUUUUUUUGUUUCCUGUGUUUAUAAAAGUGCCCAGAUCAAUAUGUAAGUUGUUGAUUAUCAGCUAGCUCCUGAUUCAUCAAAUGGCAACUUCAUUUUUUAGAACUACUCCAACAACUCGGGGACACCCGUAGGCUAUCCUUUCCUUAAUUUCUUAAAAGGCCAAUUUGAAGAAACUAAGAAAGAAACAUAUAUAAUUAUUUAGGAGCUAGAAAAUUAAACCAUGGAAGAGACAUUUGUACCAUUUGAAGGGAUCAAGAAUGACCUUAGAGGAAGAUUGCUGUGCUACAAGCAAGACUGGAUUGGUGGUUUUAAAGCAGGCUACAGAAUUUUGGCCCCCACCACAUAUAUAUUUUUCGCUUCAGCAAUUCCAGUCAUUUCAUUUGGGGAACAACUUGAGAGAGAUACUGAUGGAGUUUUGACAGCCGUUCAAACCUUGGUAUCAACGGCACUUUGCGGGAUCAUACACUCAAUAUUGGGAGGUCAACCUUUGUUGAUCUUAGGAGUUGCUGAGCCUACUGUGAUCAUGUACACUUUCAUGUUUAAUUUCGCCAAAGGAAGAUCGGACCUCGGUCCGAAACUUUUUUUAGCCUGGACUGGAUGGGUAUGUGUGUGGACAUCACUCCUGUUGUUCUUGCUGGCUAUAUUGGGAGCUUGUUCCAUCAUCAGAAGAUUCACCCGUAUCGCCGGAGAAUUGUUCGGGCUUCUUAUUUCCCUGCUCUUUAUGCAACAAGCCAUUAAAGGAAUGGUGGAUGAGUUCCGCAUACCAAAACGAGAAGAUGCAAAUUCAAUACAGUUCCUACCUUCAUGGAGGUUUGCAAAUGGGAUGUUUGCUUUGGUUCUGUCAUUUGGCCUUCUUCUCACCGGGCUAAAAAGCCGAAAAGCAAGGUCUUGGCGCUACGGCUCUGGUUCGAUGAGAAGCCUUAUAGCAGACUAUGGUGUGCCACUGAUGGUUCUGGUGUGGACGGGCGUUUCAUACAUACCAUCCGGCAGUGUUCCACAAGGGAUCCCAAGGAGGCUCUUUAGUCCUAAUCCGUGGUCACCCGGUGCAUAUGAGAAUUGGACUGUCAUUACGGACAUGCUCGAUGUUCCGGUGCUCUACAUAAUCGGAGCAUUCAUUCCGGCAACGAUGAUUGCAGUGCUCUACUACUUUGACCACAGUGUAGCAUCCCAGCUUGCUCAGCAGAAAGAGUUCAAUUUGAGAAAGCCUUCUUCUUACCAUUAUGACUUGCUUCUUUUAGGCUUUCUGACCUUACUAUGUGGUCUUAUUGGAAUUCCUCCAUCAAAUGGAGUCAUCCCACAGUCCCCCAUGCAUACAAAGAGUUUGGCUACUCUCAAACACCAGUUGCUCCGUAACCGGCUUGUGUCGACAGCACGGAGAAGUAUGAGAAAGAAUGCCAGCUUAGGACAGCUCUAUGGGAAUAUGCAAGAAGCCUAUAAUCAAAUGCAGACUCCUCUGAUUUACCAGGACCCCUCUUCUCGGGUACAAGGACUGAAGGAACUAAAAGAAACAACAAUUGAAGCGGCUUCUGGCAUGGGAAACAUCAAUGCCCCAGUCGAUGAGACGGUGUUUGAUGUGGACAAGGAGAUAGAUGAUCUGUUGCCAGUUGAAGUGAAGGAGCAGCGUCUAAGCAACUUGCUUCAAGCUGCUAUGGUGGGAGGAUGUGUUGCUGCCAUGCCUGUCCUCAAAAAGAUCCCAACCUCGGUCCUCUGGGGCUACUUUGCCUUCAUGGCCAUCGAAAGCCUUCCCGGUAACCAAUUCUGGGAGAGGAUCCUAUUGCUCUUCACGGCCCCAAGCAGAAGAUACAAGGUCCUUGAGGACUACCACGCCACUUUUGUGGAAACGGUGCCGUUCAAGACGAUUGCAACAUUCACAAUCAUCCAAACAAUUUACUUGUUCAUAUGCUUUGGACUAACUUGGGUUCCAAUAGCUGGCGUUAUGUUCCCAUUAAUGAUCAUGCUUUUGAUUCCGGCAAGACAGUACUUGCUGCCCAAGUUCUUCAAAGGGAUUCAUCUUCAAGACCUCGACGCCGCUGCGUACGAAGAGGCGCCCGCCUUGCCUUUCAAUCUUGCAACGGAGACAGAGUUAGGUGCGGGGGCUUCCCAUGCAGGGGAUGGAGAGAUCUUAGAUGAAGUAAUCACGAGAAGCCGUGGAGAGUUCAGGCACAGUAGCAGUCCCAAAAUCACAAGCUCAACGUCAACGCCUGGAAAUGGACCUAAAGCCUUUGAGAGCCCACGUCGCUCCCACAGCCCUCGCUUAGGCGAGAUAAGGGGCGAACCGAGCCCGCGCUCCGGCGGAAGAGGACCAAACAGUCCGAGGCCAUCUAGUCUGAUCGGGAAGAGUCCUCUUAGCACUACUUCUACCCCUAAAUAGCCUUUCAUGCGUUAAGUUUUAGGCCUAAGCUAAGUUUGCAAUUGUCAGGAUUGGCUCUAAUUGCUGAUUAAUCAGAACACCUAAGAUUGGUUUGUUGUAACGGGUCAUGCUGACGUGUCGUACUGGAGUGGUCUUGGUAGUAUUAUAAAAGGAUGGGUUGUGAUUAGUUAUAAGUAUAGGGUGUAUUUAUUUAUGCUCGUGAGUGCACGAGUCGUCUCAAAUAAUAAAGUGUGAACAAGAGUAUCGAUCUCAUGAGAAAUGUAUUUAAUUUUUCGUUAAUUA